ACAUUGUUGCAGGAUAAACCGCAGAGUUUGGCAGCUGAUGCUAGGGGUGUUUGUCGGUGUUGAAGUAACUAGUUGGCUGUUUUUGCAGACAAUAACGAUUCAAAGAACUAUUUUAAACAUCGACAGCGGACUUAAACAGCGACAUUUUUCGAUUAAGUUCUGACCACAGGAGCAACUGAUACUGUUGAAUACUGCAUAAAGGACAACCAUGCCUACUCUCUCUGCGUCCACUGAUAUCGGCAGUUUACCCCCUUCUCCAGUGGACAACAGUCCCAGGAGGCUGUCGUGGGGCAAACUGGUGCAAAGACUGACUGAUUUCAGCACAUCUACAAACAGCAACAGCAGCAGCAGCAUUGAGUCGAGGUCCAACAACGGCAGCAGGAGUGAUCUCUCAGACUCAGGGUCAGAUAUCUCCAGUGACCUGUCUCCGUCUAAUGAAGACCUGUUCUAUGAUCCCAUGGAGGAGACCAUCCUGAAAGAAGUCGUGGAGCUUAUUGCACGAAGCCUGAGAGAAGCCAAAGACUCAGACUGCGCCCUACGAUGUACCAAACUUCUCAUCCCGGAGAAACUUCUGGAGCACAUCGGACAGGAGCUCCUUCACUUGGCAGCUAGCGAGCCCUGCGGUUUGAGAGGGGCUCUCAUUGACCUCUGUGUGGAGCAAGGGGGCAUCUGUGAGAGCAUGGCGCAGCUGUCUGUGGACCCUUACCUUGUACCCACCUUUCAGCUGACUCUGGUGCUGAGGCUAGAAUCCGGUGGGCUGUGGCCCAAAAUCCAAGAACUCUUUAGCACAAAGUCUCCUUCUGCUCCAGCAGUGAGACAAGCAAUUAAACUCAGCACUGGUUUCCGUUUGAUCAAAAAGAAACUGUAUUGUUCUGAGGAACUUCUCGUUGAGGAAUGUUGAGAGAUGUGAGGGACUGUCAGUGUUUUAUUGUCUGCAUUUUUAAAAUGCCCAGUUGAGCUCACAGAAGGGCCUUAUUGCUAUUGCGUUAUGUACUGUAUAUGUUGCCUUCCUGAAGUGUGAGGAUGUAGCCUGUUGUUCCCACUUUAAGGGAGCUGAAGUUUAUGGUACCUGGAGCAGGUGUAGCUCCUUAUUGACUGUCAGAUUUUCAAAUUCCAAUGUGUAACCAUCAUGAUAUAUCUGGUAAAAAGGCAUUUUGCAAGUACUGAAGUGCGUACCUCAGUUUCUAUUGAAACCACACAAAGGCAGCUAGCUAUAUGGUUAUAGUCAAUGAAGACCAUUGUGUUCUUUCUUUGUAUACGUGGCAGUUAAUUGUAAUGUACACCAAGUGAUGAACUGUACACCAAGCAAACCAUUAGGGACCUUAGUGACUGCUUGAAUUCAAGAGCAAAGGCCUACCACUGCUUGCUUUGUGCAGUUAAUGUGCAAGCUGCGGCUAAGAAUACAAAUGUAACUUGAUCUUGUAUCUGUGUAGACCUUUCCUGCUUUCAGAUUUAUUUAUAUGACAUUCAGAUACUCAUAUCAUUGCACUGUUUUUGUACUUUCACGAUUGCUAAUAAAUUAUUUUUUUUAACAACU